AUGACUAUCUCAUCAAUUCCACAGACCAACGGUGGUCCAACUACAGAAAAAUAUGAAAACGGCGCACUCCCUAACGCUAUCCACCCGGACUUUCUUCCACGUCUUGAUGAGGAUUUCGUGCAAUACUACAACAAGUAUUUUGCUUGGAAACCACCAACCCAUGAGAUCAACGUCAGGGAAAUCAGAAGCAACCCGACCAAAUACAACUCGCCCUGGGAGAGGGACUAUACGGGAAGCAGCCACAUCCAGGACAUGCAGCUGUUGUCGCACGAUGGAUACGAGUUCAAGGUUCGAUGCUACCACCCCGACGCGGUGAAAUUUGGUGACGGCCCGUACCCGCUCCAUGUCAAUUUUCAUGGAGGUGGAUUUGUGUUUGGAGGACUUAAAGGCGACGCCGAACUUUGCAAAUUGAUCCAGGAAAACGUGGGCGUACUGGUGUUGGACGUUGAUUACAGACUUAUGCCAGAACAUACCUUUGGUGAUGGCCACGAAGACGCCUGGGCUGUUGUGCGCUGGCUUCGUGAUCAUAGCCAGGAUAUCAAUGGCGACAGAGACUCCAUCUCUGUUGGAGGCAUAUCCGCAGGGGGAGCGAUCGCUGCUGUGAUCCAGCAGCUGGCUCGAGACGAGGAUAUCCCCCUCAAGCUAGCAUUCCUCGCCGUGCCCACGACACAGAGCUUCGGUGACCUCACGAGCCCGCUGAAAUCGCCGUACCCGUCCAUUGCGGAAAAUGCCCUUGCCCCCUGCUUGAACUGGGCCCGGCUAGCAUAUUUCAGAGACGUCGCAUUCCCUCGCGACCCCAGAGCCCUCGAGGCUAUUGCUGCGCUCCCUGAGUUCUACAGAAGUCCUAUAAAUGGCAAUAUGAAGGGCUUGUGUCCUACAUUUGUGGCCACAGCCGAACUCGACCCUCUACGCGAUGAGGGGGAGGCUUAUGCCGAGAAAUUGGUGGAGGCUGGCGUCAAGGUCACGGUCAGACGAUACACAGGUGUUCCUCACCCCUUUAUGCACAUGACGCCGAUUCAAAAAGCGGCUCUGUACGCCGAAGACUAUUGUGAGGCUGUGAGGUCGGCUCAUCGAAAGGUUGAUGUGGAAGGGUAG